AUGGAGAUCAACACAGGAUCAUUACUGACCAUCAUGCCAUGUCAACGCUUCAAGCAGGCUAUCCCUAGCCUGAAGAAGUGGAUCUGGUUCAUGUUAAUGAGAAAUUUUCUCUUGAAGAAGAUGGUAUUUUCCAUGGCACUGAUGGCAAUAUUGUCAGUGUUAUUGAAAGGAAUUACAUGCCUUAUUCUUUGUACUAAAGCAUGUGCUAUAGAGAAACCUCCCCAUAUUAAGCACAAGUAUUUUCUGCCAGGGGAUUUCUUAACGGCUGGGAUACUAUCUCAAUUCUACAUGAUAUCUGAUCAAAUUGAUUUCACAAGGCACCCAUCUGAAGAACUGGUUGAUGAGAUUGUUUAUUUCAUGGCAAGAUGGACUAACCUGGCUUCAAUGGAGCUUCUCUCAACCCAGGGAAGAUUCAUGCCCAACUAUAAGUGUGAUGUCAAGGACUGGGUGGUUUCUGUUAUUGUAGGACCUAACUCUUCCAUCUUUCCCUUCAUGGCAAAUAUCUUGAAUGUCUACAAAAUGCCUCAGCUCAUUUAUGGAUCUUCUCCAGCCAAAGAUGGCAGGAGACAUGUUUUCUAUCAUCAAUUUUUCUCAAAUAGUGAUCAAGAGAUUACAGGUCUUAUCCAGCUACUUUUGUUUUUAAGGUGGACAUGGAUUGGACUGAUUUUCCAACAUGAAAAAAAUGGUGAGCAGUUAAUAGAAAAUGUUGUUACUUUGUUUUCCAAAAAAGGUAUCUGCUUUGACUUCAUGGAAGAGAUGGUCCAGCCAACAUUUACCAAUUAUGUUGAAAGUAUACUUAAUGAUUUCCGUAAACUAUACAUCAUUAUCAUGAAGAGCAUUGCCAACGUGAUUGUCCUAUAUUGUGAAAACCACUACACUAUCACUGUUACACUGUUACCCUAUUUUGAAGAAAUGAUAGACAUACCAGUCAAGAGAAAAGAUAAAGUUUGGAUAAUGCCAGCUCAAAUGGAGUUUACAUCACUUUCCCUUCUCAAAAUGUUGAAUAUGGAUGCUUUCCACGGUGCUAUAACUUUUGAAGUUUCUUCCAAGGAGAUCCCUGGAUUCAAUAAAUUUCUUCAGAUGAUAAAGCCAACUUCAGUAGAGGGAGACAAUUUACUGAGAGUGUUUUGGGAACAGGUUUUUGAAUGUACCUUUCCUCAGGUAUUGGUAGAAACUGGAAAGCAGUGCACUGGAGAAGAGAAGUUUGAGAAUGUACCUAUGUCUGUGUUUGACACCACCAUCACUGGGCAGAGUUACAGCAUCUAUAAUGCAGUCUAUGCUGUGGCGCAUGCUUUACAAGCCAUGCUUUCCCCCACAUUUAAACACAGAGCAAGAGAAGUCAGGAGAGAAACAUUUCUGAUUCAUAAAGCAUGGCAGCUCCAUCAUUAUUUGAGAACCAUCUCUUUUAAUAACACUGCAGGACAGGAAAUCUCCUUUAAUGAAAAUGGAGACUUGAACACUGGAUUUGACAUUAUCAACUGGGUCACCUUCCCAAACAAGAGCUUUGUUAAAGUCAAAGUUGGAAAGAUCAACCCAACAAAUUCUCUGGAUAAACUAGUUGUCAUUUCUACACAGGACAUCAUCUGGCCUGCAUUGUUUAACCAGGUUCAGCCUCUUUCUGUAUGCAGUGACAAUUGCUAUCCAGGAUACAGGAAGAUGAAAAUAGAAGGGAAGCCAUUUUGCUGUUAUGAUUGCCUUCCAUGUGCAAAAGGGAAAAUUUCAAACCAGAUGGAUGCAGUUGAUUGCUUGCGAUGUCCAGACGAUCAAUAUGCAAAUAAGAUUCAAACUCUUUGCAUUCUAAAAAAAAGAACCUUCUUGUCUUACAAUGAACCACUGGGAGUCAUCUUGACCACUGUUAGUAUUUUCUUUUCUGUCAUCACCAUUGUGGUGCUGGGAAUCUUCAUUAAAAAGCAGGACACCCCCAUUGUCAAAGCCAACAACAGGAACCUCACUUACACCCUUCUCAUUGCUCUUCUGCUCUCCUUCCUUUGCACUUUCCUUUUCAUUGGACAACCGGAUCACACUAAAUGUCUCAUGCGACAAACUGCUUUUGGUAUCAUUUUCUGCAUAGCCCUUUCUUGCAUUUUGAGUAAAACAACCAUAGUUGUUCUUGCUUUCAUGGCCACAAAGCCAGGCUCCAAAAUGCGGAAAUGGGUGGGGAAAAGGAUGGCUAUCCCUAUUGUCCUUUCUUGUUCUUUGACUCAACUCAUGAUCUGUGUAGUGUGGUUGGCAAUUUCUCCCCCUUUUCCAGAAUCUGACAUGCACUCCAUCGCUGGAGAAAUUGUCCUAGAAUGUAAUGAAGGUUCAACCACUAUGUUUUAUAUUGUCCUUAGUUUUCUGGGAUUCUUGACUGUUGUCAGCUUCUCAGUAGCCUUCCUAGCAAGGAAGUUACCUGACAGCUUUAAUGAAGCCAAAUUUAUUACCUUUAGUAUGUUGGUCUUUUGCAGUGUUUGGUUGUCUUUCAUUCCUACCUACCUGAGUACGAAGGGGAGAUAUAUGGUGGCUGUGGAGAUUUUCUCCAUUUUGGCUUCUGCAGCUGGAUUAGUAGGUUGCAUAUUUUCCCCCAAAUGCUACAUCAUUAUUUUGAGACCUGAUUUGAAUAUAAAGGGGCAAUUAAUAAAGAAAUAA